UUUUUGUUGCAAUUAUUUAUAGAGCAAAAAUUUUAAAAAAAAUUCCUUAUUUUUCCACAAUUAAUCCCUUUAUUUGUCACUCGGCAUAAUAAAAUACCAAAUUAUUGUGAAACAACUUACUAUCAUUGCAUGAACCAUCCUUAUACAUAUAAUUUUCGACAAUCGCAAAUCGCAGACAGGAAAACUUUAGUUUUCUUUUUAUAAUCAAUAAUUGUUCUGACCCAAUAUUCCAUCGCAAUUCUAUUUUCCCUUGUUAUUGGCUUUAAUUUAUGGCAAGUACUAAAGUAAUAACACGGAAGUCCCUUGGGAGAGGCGCAUUUAUUGGAUCCCUAUAUAAUGUAGCAAAUGAUACAUUCUGCGGGACCACGAUAUUUAAGUCAAAGUAUCCAGAUGAUUCCAUAAGAAAGGUUGAUAUUUCACAUACUGAAAUUUUAUAUGAAUAUGAGAAUACAUAUAAGGAAAAGUUUAACAAGUUAGACGUUGAAGCUGAACUAAAAUUAAGUGUUCUCACAGGAUUGAUUCCUUUAGAAGGUUCAGGAAAGUAUCUAAACGAUGAAAAAGAUAGUCUUAAAUCCGUGAAGGGAACUUUAAUAUAUAAAAUAACUUCAGUUGAGGAAAAUUUGGUUAUUCAUCGUGACGAUGUUAAAGCUUGUAUUUCUACAGAUGUGUUUACUAAUAACCAGAAUGCUACUCACGUGGUGAUAGGAAUAAAGUGGGGAGCUACUAUAAUGGCAUCAUUUGAAUGUAAAGACACGAAUGAAGAAAAUAGAUCUCAUGUUGAAGGAGCGCUAAAAUGUCACUUUGAAAAAAUAAAGAUCUCUGGAGGUGGUCACGUAAGUGUUGAAGAACGAUAUUCUAACAUUAUUAGCCAUUUCUCUAUAAAACUUCUUGGUGAUGUUGUUCCAAAUAAUAAAGAACUUCCUCAAUCCUUUGAUGAAGCUAGGAAAUUAGUUGCUGAACUUCCUUUAUACACCAAACAAUACAAUGAUGGGAAAGGAGUUCCAAUUGAAUAUACUUUAUAUCCAUUGUCGGAACUUGCAAAACUAUUUAUUCAGGAUGUCGCGAUAGAUAAUAUGAUAACGGAAUUAAGCGAAGAAACUAUCCUAAGAGUAGAACAAGUUUUUGAUGGUUUGUCCGAAUCAAAACAAAGGCUCAACGACUUAUAUAAUGACGCACAAUCUACUUCUAAUUUCAUAAUGGACAAGGUUUUUGCUCAAAUUAGCAAUCGUGUACAAGAAGUUAGAAUAAACGAAGCAAAUUUUAGACGCGAACUUGCAGAAUGUCUUGUUAAAGUACGCUCUGGUAAGAUUAAUAUUAUCGAACUUGAAAAUAAAUUAAAAAAAUUUCAUAAGAGUAUAUUAUCUAAAAAUUCUAUGAUGGAAUUCUUUCGCCAACAUCGUUCGGUAUCUACAUUGGCUGAAUUGGUACCCAUAUUAAAGACCAAAAGAGUAGAGUUUCUUGGAAAAAAUUCAACCAUCGAGCAUAUUUUACAUAAAUAUUCAAAUAGUGAUAUUUUUAUACUCCUUGAUAAUAAUGAAUAUAUUAUUGAUUUUAAUUCCUCUUCAGUGCAUACUAUGUUUCGAGAUCUUUACAAUUCAGAUGAAGGGUCAAGCAAAUUCUUCAUAGCUAAUCUUAAAAUAUGUACUCAAAUAAAAUGUUCUAGUUAUCCAAUAAUUCGACAUUAUAUCAAUGGAAGACUAGAUAGUGACAAUUAUUAUGAGGAUAAUAAGAUAUUAUUCACAUCAAAUCUUAUUAAAUUUGAUCCUCUACCAAGUACCAAGCCAAAAAACAAUCCCAGCGAGAAGACAAAAUUGGAAAUACCCUGUCCUCAAGAUUGCCCAACUAUUGAUUCCAAUUGGAGAUGUUUCAGAUGUAAAAAGCAUGUAGAAUACGGGUAUAAUGAGCACUUAUACUGUGAAUGUGGUGAAAGCAAUAUUACUCAUUCUAAAUUUAAGAAGAUAAACAUAUUAUUACUUGGUGAAACUGGCGUAGGAAAGUCAACAUUUAUAAAUGCUUUUGCAAAUUAUCUUAAAUUUAACACAUUAGAUAAUGCAAAAUCUGGAGAUAUAGAGGUAUUAAUUCCACCAGAAUUUACGUAUAUGGAUGAUAAUUACGAGUCAGUAACGAUAAAAUUAGGUAAUUAUGAUUCAAAUAAACCAUUAGAAGAAGGUGAAUCAUCUACUCGAGAAUGUGAAAGCUAUGUAUUUCAUUUACCUGAAAAUAGACUAAUAAGAUUGAUAGAUACUCCUGGAAUAGGAGAUACCAGAGGAUCAGAAUAUGACAAGAAAAAUUGUGAAAACAUUCUGUGGAAUACAUUACUACCACUUAAAAAACAACUUGAGAAACUUAAGAAACAGACUAAGUCUGAUGUUGAAAUAAAGGUUCACAAAGAUAUAAUAUACUGUUUUGAUAAUGAAUCAUUUGAAUAUUUAACAGCAAUUAAGGAAAUAAAGUUUACACAGAACGAGGAACAAAAUUUAGCAGAAAGUUGGAAAAGAUCCGUGGAUGAAUCACUAAGGCUCAUUAAAUACCUUGUAAAGUGUAAACCUCAUAUAGUAAAAGACACUUUAUCACUCAAUAACUUUAGGAACACAGUGUUACUUCUUUCCAGACCUUUCGCAGAGAUAGAACGUCUAAUUCAGAAAAGCAUCAUAUUAAUAAAAGAAAACCAAGAAGAAAUAAAUAAUUCCAGCAAAACCAUAGAGGAACUUGAAGGAAAGCUGUAUGAUAUUAUGGAAUUACAGAUUUCGGAAAUAAAGUCAGACCAAGAAAACAAAAGAGCAGUUAUAGAGGUGCAUCAAAAAAGAGUUGAUCAACUACAAAAAGAAUGGGAGAAAAUAAAAGAAAUUAGCCUUAAGUUUACACAAUUCUCAAGACAAAAUGCAAUAGCUGCUUAUAAUGACGCAUAUGUUGACUAUCUUGAUCUUUGCAUAAAGGAAGAGAAAAUUAAGAGAAAUGCCAACUCAAGUCAUUAUGAUGAAAGAAUCCUCAGAGGGCUUGAAGCCACAAGAGAAAAUUACUUGAAGCAAGUAGAAGUUAUAAAGCAAGAAAUUGAAAACAAUAAUAGUUCUAUUACGCUAAAAGAAAUAGCCAAGCUAGAACAGCAAUUAUACGAUUUACCAAUUAACGGUCCAAAUCUGAAAAAAUUGAAAUAUGAAGCAGAACGUAGUGAAACUGAUGUAUUAAAAUACACUGAAAAUCAUUAUAUGCCGCCAAUAUCAAACUUUAUGUCAAACUCAUUCGCGGAAAUUUUUGAUAUGUUUCAACCAUUUUCUCAAGAAAAUUCUUUCAAGUUGGUACAUAAAUUAGAUGUUGAAAGUGAAGUUGGAGUUGCUAAUGAAGAAAUUAGAAAAGAUAUUAAAAAUGAUGAUUUAGAAAAUUUUAAUUCUUUAGAUUCUUUUAAUGAAAAUGAUAAUUUAAUUAAAGAUUUUGAAGAAAAACAACGAAAUUUAUUCUUAAAGAAGCGAAACAAAAAAGAGUUGUAG